AUGACUUACGUCACGCAACUGUGGAGUAAACUCAUCCAGUCUCAUGGUGAAGCUCUUGACAUCACGAAAGCGUUCGAUCAGCUGUGGCACGCUGCCCUCUUGAGCAAACUUCCAUCCUACGGCCUCCCAGAAAAGCUUUGCAGAUGGGUGGCUGACUUUAUCUCUGGCCGCAAGAUAUCCGUCGUAAUUGACGGAUUCUCCUCUUCAUCCCACAACGUCAACGCGGGUUUUCCCCAGGGAUCGGUCUUGGCUCCAACACUGUUUCUCUUACAUAUCAACGACCUCCUUUCCUGCACGAUCAACCCAAUCCACAGCUUCGCUGAUGAUAGCACUCUACAUGCAGGAAUUCAGAGUGACAAGCCGAUCUCUGCCGCUGAGCUGGAAAAAAGAAGACUAGCGACGACUUCUUCUCUGACAAGAGACCUGGAGGCUAUCACUGCUUGGGGACGCAACAAUCUUGUACAGUUCAAUGCUUCCAAAACACAGUACUGUACUUUGACGAACAAAAAGCGUCCUAGCGCUCACCAUUCUUUUCGGCUGGUCGGAGUCCAGAUCACCGAGGACCUGAUCUGGCACGAACACAUCUCUUCAAUAGCUGCAGCUGCUGGGAAAAAGCAAGGCUAUUUGUUUAGGGCUAAGAAGUACUUUUCUCCGCAUGACCUUCUCACUCUAUACAAGGCCCAGAUAAAGCCUAGCCUCGAGUAUUGCUCACACAUUUGGGGUGCUGCCGCCCCGACUACAUUGUCCAUGCUCGAUGCUGUCCAGAGGAGGGCGGUCCGACUGAUCGAUGACUCUUCUCUAACAGACAGUCUCGGGACUCUUUCGCACCGGCGGGCCGUCGGCGAUCUGGCUCUUUUCUAUCGCUACACCAACGGGCUUUGCUCCUCAGAGCUCUCUUCCAUGAUGCCGCCGCGCGAUGUGCCUGCCAGACAGACCCGCCUGACUUCGGCGUCCCAUCCUAACCGUGUCAAACUUCGUACAUCCAGAACUAGCCGAUACGACCGCUCCUUUGUCCCGAGGGUGUCUAGAUUGUGGAACAAACUACGGGAGGAAGCUUUUCCCAGUUCUACUAACCUUAGGCAGUUCAAAAAUCGUAUUAACAAGGUUUCUUUGGGAUCAUCAUAG